GUGGACAUUUGUCCUAUUUAACACACACAAAAAACCCGGAUGGUCUGGUGAGAGGCUCUUGUAUACUGAGCGUCAACAAUUUUUUUGCUAAUAAUGAGUAUGAACAUUUCGACAAUAUCCAGAAAGCAAAAGGUCGCUGCUUUUAUUUUAGUGGUGGUUGGAGCAAUAUUCGCUGGGGUUGUUUUCCGUUCAACGCUCACGUUUCAAGUUAAUGCAGGACCGAUGCCAAACCGAAUUCGAAAUUACUCUUUCACUCUUGUAACGGGGGCAAAUUCCGGAUAUUAUUCUCCUGGAUUGAGGAACUUUGUUGGAUCAGCUCAUUACUGGGCACCAGGACUGAAUAUAGUGGUUUGGGAUCUAGGUUUGACGCCAGAGCAAGUGCAGGAAACUCAAACAUGGUGUAAUGUGACAUAUCGACGUUUUCCUUUCGAAAAAUACCCUCAGCAUUUAAAGAAUUUAAAAGAGUAUGCUUGGAAACCAGUUAUAAUAAAACAAAUGGUAGACGAAGUGGGUAACAUUGUUUGGAUUGAUGCCGGUAGUCACAUCCGUGGUAAAAUAACACAAAUUGAUAACUUGAUCCAACAUGAUGGAUAUCUGCUUGUCCAAGGACAAGAUGGUGAUACAACGGUGUUCCUCUAUGAAAAAAUGUGCACUUUCAUGGGUUUAGACAAGAAAACCUUUAAGUUGAAACCAUCGUACUCAGGAAAUCUAAAUGGCUGGACCAAAAGGAAUGAUACGUAUGAGAAGAUCCUGAAACCAUGGGUCAAAUGUGCACUGACCAAGGAGUGCAUAGCCCCAGCAGGAUCGAGCUUAAGAAACCAUCGUUAUGACCAAUCUGCUCUGACUCUUAUAACGUACACAUCUGGUCUGGAACUCCAACACCACACUGAACUAUAUGAUGUGAUCAAGGAAUCUAGAAAUUCGAACAGAGAUUAUCUCAGACAUCUUCGAACUUGCUGACGUUGUGUAAAUAAACAGACAUUGAAUUUGAAUGUUUUUAUCAACAUAUGGCGACUGCAAAGCAAAUUUUACAUAAGACAACAUCCUUAAGAUAUAUGCAAGAGAAACAUGUAUAGCUGUGCUUUUCGCUGUAUUUAGAGAGUAUGAACCAGUGUGCAGUGAAAAAUAUUUAUUAAUUUAUAUGUAUUAUACAGUUAAAGGAAAAAUGCAUGUAAUAGUAAUAGUUGAGAUUGUUAUUCACCUCCACAUUAUAUUCGUACCGUCUUCGCUCCUUUAAUUUAGGUUUAGAAUAUUCAUUCACCAACUUUUUUCAUUUGUAAAUGAGAUAUGAAGGGCAGUCGCCAAAACUUUAACAAUUAUUAAGCCUGCUAUAUUAUUAAAAGUCUUUCGGAUGAUUAAUAUACUUGUAUGUGACGGUGUAUUUCAGUCCGCCCUGAAGCACAAAGUCAUAAACAAUUCACAAGUUUUUUUUCGUGUAGAAAUGUAAGUUGCCUAUGUCCUCUUAUAUUAUGUCAUUCAAGUACCACAAACAUGAUAUAUCAUAAGUUGGUUAUUGUUGGUCAAAAGUUUGUUAUAUAAUAGUAAUAAUAAUAAUAAUAAUGCAUGGAUCACACACUAAUCCAGCUAUUUCAUCUGCUGUGUUAUAAAUGUACACUCAAACCUACAAGCAUUAUUUCUCCAAACCAUAAGUGAGACUCAUAGUUAAUGAUAACCACUCUAAAAUCAACACGCUGCACACUAUUAUUGUUUACAUUAAUUUACCCCUUAAACCGCACUGUCACGCACCAUGGA